GUAGCUAGCUAGCUACUGUACUUACUGUACUUGUACUUGAGUAGGAUCAUAAUUGCACUGAUCUCUACAGCGCACUCACUGUAUUGUGAUCCAAUACUGGGCUGCCUGUUUUUACAUUGUAUCUACAGAGGAUCGAGAGAAGACUUAUAAGUUUUGUGGGGCACCUGUUGCUUAUGAAGCUCUAAUUUUCUCUUAAUCGUAAGAUUACUUGACAGUUCCUGUUUUAACUAUACUGGUCAAUACCAUGGUUUAGGAAACCACUCGCACGUUUGCAAGGAUACUUCUGACAGUUCGUUCUUUGUGUAAGUGAGGCUGUGUUCUUCAAGACCAAAGAAAGAAAAGCGUCAAACAGUGGCCGCCUUCAAGUGCUGUUCAAAACAGAGAUCCUUGCAGGGUUAGUUUCUCUGUACUCAACCUGAUACAUGUGUAUACACAAUGAAGUGGUAGAGUUAAGGACCAACAUGACGGAACGACAGGGUAAUGAGGUUAUCUUGGAAGGGACAUUGAAUCAUGUCAUGGAAUCUAGAACUGCACUGAGAUGGGUAGUAUUGGAGAAGAACCUGGAAUUAGGUCAUGUGUAUCUCAGCAUUUAUCGCAAGGCACCUGCUACCAAGUCUGAUUUUAAGAAACGCUAUGAACUCACCGACAGCAAUUUCAUUGGUACAGAGAGAGGGACUAUUAAAAUGCAUCAUGAAAAACGCAGUAUGCUCUACUGGGCUAUCGUCUUGAAACACGAAUCCAUUCUUUUCAACGAUAAAGAAGCAAUGGUCAAGUCAACAUCACAAUUUGAAAAAUGGAAUGAAGUAGUCAAGAAACUAUGGAACCAUCAAAGUUGGGAGGUAUCUCCAUUAAAAGGCUCGACUAUAGAGAACUAUUCCAAGCUCGUCUUACAUCUCAAUACAUCCAGUCUGUGCCUAGCCCUGCUCAGUCCUCCCAGACACUUAUUACGUUGGCCUCUUACCAGCAUCAAUGACUUUGACUGCCAUGAAUGUGUCUUCAGUUUCAAUGUCAUUGGUAAUGACGCACCAGGUUACUAUGAAGUGAAGGUGACUCGAUCUAAGCAUGCUUCUAAGAUCAAGAUGGUUUGCAAUGAAUUAAGACAAGUUUACAAUGGUGAGAAUAGGGAGCCUUCCAUUCCAACUACUCAUGGAUUCUGCACCGUCCCAGCUGAAAAACACAUGACGGAGAGUAAACCAGCAGCUAGGGAUCCCUUGGCAUUACAUCAUCAUAACAGCAAUGCAAGCAUAUGUAGUACACAUUCAUUGAACCCAGAGAGAAACCUAGAUAGGAACCCAGAGAGGAACCCAGAGAGGAACCCAGAGAGGAACCCAGAGAGGAACCUAGAGAGGGAUACUGCUAGUGUUGGAAGCUUUGAUUCAGCAAUGUCUACACCCUCCCCUACUCCUCUGAAAGAAGUGAUCUCAAUAAAUCCUUUUGUGUUCCCGCCAGAUGGAGUAGUAGGUGAUACUGUAUCCCAGAGUCUAAGUCCUAUGAAUAAACCUGUUAGCAAGCCCAGGACACCUAUCCCCAGUUCUCCAUACCAUGUUGCUUGUGUAGAUCCUCACACACACAGUAUGCAUGUGAGUUCAAUCAGUACUCAUCCUCAUCAUCAUCUCAGACCAACUACACCAGAUCUAUUAUCCUCUACUUCCGCUCAAGAGAGAAAUACUUUGGGGUGUAGGUUACCAAAACGAACCUCUGAUGAGGGUUUCUGUGAGGAAAGAGAUUCUAAGCAGAAGGGAGAGGCACGCAAUGAAGCCACAUAUAUGAACACACAUGAUAACACUAAUAUUGUCAACUUUGAGACAGAGCCCAAGGAACAUAAUAAUUAUGAGAACUUUGUUGAACACAGCCACUAUGUGAACCCCAUCAUCAAGAAGAAGCAUGAAGGGGACAAUAUUGGACCUAAAGUUGCUCCCAAGCCACAGCCUCCAAACCUUCCCCCAAGAAAGAGAGAGCUACAUCAACUGAUAGAGCUAGCUAAGAUGGGUAAGCCCCUGGUAAGGGAUUUCAUUCAACCAAACAGUGCCUGGACAAAAUUCUGUCUUCACUUUGACGUCAAGAAAAUGUCAUAUCCUCUCAAAGAUUGGAGAGCUCUUGCUGAAAGAGUUGGAUUGACAAUGAGUGACAUUGACUUGGUGGAAGACACAGGUUGUCGGACUGGGAAGUGUACAUCUACAGAAAUAGUGCUAGCAUACUGGCAGUCUAAUGCUCGAGAUGAUAUGCCUUUCACCCAGGAUCAGCUGGUAGAUGAGCUCUACAUGAUGGAACGUUAUGAUCUCGUCACAAUUCUUCAACCAGGAGAACAGCAUACGUGAAAGAUUAAACAGUAUGUUGGAGGAUAUAUGGAUGAGUAUGGGAUGGGAUGAAAAUAUCCUGAAACUUUAUAACUUGUUUCUACUUCAAUCAAACCUCAUUUCAAUAUAAAAGUAAAUUUUCAUCAAUAUUUUGCAACAAAUAAAUACAGUGCCUGGUGAGAUACAAUUGAUUGCAGUAGAAUAAGUUUUUCUUAUUGAUUGAAAAAUGAAUUCAUAUGUCUCAGGGCCCAGGGAUGGUAUUCUGAAAAUUGUUGUAUCUUGAUUAUUGUUGUAUGUUCAGGUUUAAACAGAAUUUGGUAAUAUUAAAAUUAUUGGAAAUGUUGUUCUACCUUUUCUACUGUUUCUUUACCUAGAACUAAAGAAUUGCAUAGCAAAUGUGUGUUAUUGUUAAACUGAUAAAAUGGACAAAUGGUGCAUAAUCUCAAUUACUAUAAUGUGCACAAUUUAUUAGCAAGAGAUAAUAAUUAAUUGGUAUUCUCAAAUUGUGUUACCUUUCGUUGUAUCUUUUCUGCCAUGGUAUUCAAACAGCUAAAGACUGUUGUAUCUCAUGUUUGAUGCUUGUGCCCCUUUCCAUAUCCCCCUCCUUCAGUCAUUGAAAGUAAACCCUCAAUGUCCCAUUGUGCUAAUAGAACAUACAUUUAGGACCAAAGCUAUGUAGAAUUAAAAAUACAGAAGUGCCCCUUUGAGUGAUUGUGCAGAACAGAAAAUGGAAAUGAUGUCAACUCAAUGGUUCACAUUAAUGUGUUCUAUGCCCAUUGCCCGAUGCUCAGUAGAAAAGUACAGGUGACCAUACAUGUAUGACCAAUUUGAUUAGGUAAUUCACGAUGAAUUCUUUAAACUGAGUUUAGUGUAACUGAGUUGAAUGUAACUGAGCUGAAUGAAACUGAGCUGAAUGAAACUGAGCUGAAUGUAACUGAGCUGAAUGUAACUGAGCUGAAUGAAACUGAGCUGAAUGUAACUGAGCUGAAUGUUACUGAGCUGAAUGUAACUGAGCUGAAUGUUACUGAGCUGAAUGUAACUGAGCUGAAUGUAACUGAGCUGAAUGUAACUGAGCUGAAUGUAACUGAGCUGAAUGAAACUGAGCUGAAUGUAACUGAGCUGAAUGUAACUGAGCUGAAUGUAACUGAGCUGAAUGUAACUGAGCUGAAUUUAACUGUACCUAUGAAAACUGUCAUAGACAUGUGCAAUGUACACAAAAAAAAAAAAAAUUAUUUAAUUUUAUUUUUGUUGUUCUUGGAAAUGCUAUAAUCAUGCAAGUUCUAAUGCUGACAAUUGUAAUAAUGGACAAUUUAUGUCCUGAAACAUAUCAAUGUUUGGUACUGAAAAAAAUCUAAAUAACUGACAACCAUUUGAUACAUCUAAGAGGUAUGUCUUUUCAUGAUGGGUUUUUUUUGUGGGGGGAUAUUCACAAUUUCUACAUUCAUGUACUUUUACCUGCUAUUACAUCAUCAUCUAUCCUUAUAUCUUUUUGAAAGAUUCUUAUGUCUUCUCUUUGCAUAUUUGCGAACAGUUCUCACACAUUUCUACUUGUAAUGCAAAUCUAGGUGAAAUAUUUAAGAUAUGUGUACUGGUAUGCCAUUGUGUACUGCAGCUGAUGUAGUCCAUAGUCAUUUGUAUGAUUCAUCAAUGUGGGAUACAAGAAAUGAUCCUAGAUUUUAGUUGCGACACACAUAGUGCUACUGUUCUAUUCUAGAUUAACUUCUGAAAUUGAAAUUCACAAGGUUUAUAGAUAAAGAUUCAAAAUCACAGCUGAAAGCUGAUACAUGUUCAAGUACAUCUUUAAUUUACAAAUAAGAAUACAACAUAUAAAGUACAUGUGCAUUGUGAAGUAAGAAAAUAUAUUGUAACAUUGUAGUAUAAUUGAUAUAUGAAGAAAAGGAGAGGAAGGAGUAUGAGAAGAAGAGUCUACCAAUGAAACACUUUAUAACAAAUUAUAUUUAUAUAGACAAAAGCUGUUACAUGUACAUGUAUAUUUUUAUAUACGUAUGGCUCAAUGGAAGUGUGAUUACAGAGAUUGCAUAUUUUAGAUUGAUUUGAUAUAUGUUGAAAAAACAGGGUUGAUUGUUGAACAGUUACUGAUAAAACUAUGUUUUGCCUAGAUGUUCAUCUUAAUCAAGCAUACUUAAUUAAUUCACCAGUAAAAUGCUUGUGUAAAAUGUUAGCUCUGUCUUUCCCACCUCCAUUUUACUUGGUUUAAGGAAAUGUAUUAUUUUAAUCUCCCUGUGCAUUUUAAAGGCUGUCUUUUUCUUGGUUAACAUUUGGAAAAAUACUAUUCUCAAAUACAGUGUAUAUUAUUAUCAUAUUAUGUUUAUCCUUGAAAUUUUAAAGACUGGUUACCAUUUGGAAAUAUUUAUACUGUUUUCUAAGUGCUAUAGAUAACAUUACGCUUAUACUGAUAUUAUGAGAGGCUCCGUGUACUGAAGGUGCUGACAUUUUUGUUGAUAUGUUAGAAAUAUGCUUUCUGCUAAAGCAUUAUUGGAGUUUUGUGCACUUUAUCAAGAUGUAACGGGCUGAAGGGUGAAAGGGAAAACCAUUGUAAUGAAGUCAUUUUAAUACAAGCAGAAAUAUCAGAGAAACAAUGGCGGAAGUUUGAAAUUAAAUCGGACCAAAAGUCCUACAUUUUUAAUUUUUUAAUUUUUAAAAGUCAUUUUGUCUGUUGAAACAAAUGGUUAAGUUUUCCGCCACUACAUCACAGAGACAUUACCAACUCAGCCAAUUUGAAGAGCCCAUAUCGUAGCGAUUACAAUUUUCAAAAAUUUGUAACAUUCUUGUAUUUUAUCAAAAUUUCAUCAAAAUUAUGCUUCUCUGAUGUUUCUCCUUUCUUCCAGAGUAGUUGGUUAUCAAUGUUGGAUUUCCCUUUAAGUUUAAUAUAAGCAUAUUUUUGACUACCUUAAAUAGUUACCAUUAUUAUGUGAAGGGCAAUCCAAACUUGUAAAUCUUUCACUCAUGUGAAAGCAUAAAAAGUUGAAUGGUAAAAGUUUGAAAGAAAUCAGGCAAAUACCCUGAAGAACUAAGAAUGUAGUGAAUGAAAUCUCAAAUUGACAAUGCGGUGAGUGGAUUAUAAUAUAUUCAUGGUCAAUUUGCCUGUUUGUAUUGACAAAAAUUUAAAAAAAUAAAACAUUUUGAAAGAUGUG